CUUCUUGAUCGGCUCGACGAGGCCUCCCGCCGCGUGGAGAGAGCCAGAGCUGCUCUCGCCGAGAUGGAGAAGCAGGAAGCCGAAGCCCUUUACAGUAAGCAGCUCGUUCUCCAGCUCCAAAGCCGAGAAUCCGAGAUUGCAGCCGCCCAGAAGGAAUUGGUAGAAGCUAGAGGGAUGAUUGAAGUGUCAGAACGGUAUCUUGCGUCCGACGGAUCCGAUAAAAGCUUCGAUUUAACUCGAAAUAAUGGGAUAAAGAGUGAAUUUGAGAGAUUAGAGUCCAUCAAAGCUGCAUUAGUGUCAUCUAGUAUUGGCACUUUGGCCAGCUUGCCUCUUUCUCUCUUCCAAGCAACUAGUUUUACUGUAUUUUUUCUUCACACAGCAAUCAUUUUUAUUGGAACUGCUCUUUUUGGAGUUACUUUUCGUUACACAAUAAGAAGAGAUAUUGAUAACUUCCAGCUCAAAACAGGAACCUCUGCUGCUUUUGGUAUUAUCAAAGGGCUUGCUGAAUUAGAAGCAGGGAAUCAUCUGGAGCUAAGCAAGACCAGUUUAUCACAUUUUAUUGAUGUUGCAUUGUCUGUUUCAGAGAGUUUCAUUAUAUUUUUAGUUGCAGCAAUUGCCUUGGACUUUUGUUUCAAGAUGAGGAUUCUGAGUCCUUUCCCUAUAGAGGAGUAGACUGUGUUGAUUCGUGUUUGGCGAAAGCUGGCAGCGGUGGUGGUGAGGGAGACGAUGGCAUCAUAUGUGGUAGGUUCUUACCAUCAUGAACUCUAGCGGAGGCUUAAUUCAUUCUUUAGGGCUUCAAACUUGUAAAAAAGUUUUUUUCGAUGAAUGAAAUUAGGGUCUAUUUAUAAUUUUUUUAAGAGAAGUUUACU